GAUCGAAUAACCGAGCGGAAAGUUACUUUCACCGCGGCCGUCAACCACGAUGAUGUAUUCACUGGUUUAGUUUGCCGCUGUGAAUAGGGGUGGAAAUUGGGGUGGGUGUGGUUACCCGCCCCACAAUUUGCGGGUACCCACACCCACAAAUUUACAAUUAUGUUACCCACAACCCGCACCACAGUGGUUAGUGGGUAACCAUUACCCACUGUGGUUUGUGUGGGUUGGGUGUGGUUACCCGCAAAAAUGCAUAUUUGCAUGCAUAGAGUUCUAGUCGCCACUAGCUUAUUUGUUGUUCGUAACUAGAUUAUAGUGAUAUACACUUGUGUUGUUCGUGGAGAUACAAUUUUGUACAUCGAUCUUACUCAACGUGGUGAUUUUUUUCUUUUUGAGUUUGGUAUUCAACUUUUGUGCCAGAGAGCUGUGAUUUCAUAUUUCCCUGACUAGGGGUGAAAUAUGACAAUUAAAUAUGAUCUUAUAUUUUUUUCACACAAAAGCAAAAACAUACUGAUAAAAGUUACAAAAGGUGUUCACUUUUAAUGAAUUGAUUAUUCUCCACUUUAUCGAUUAUAGUGUUUUAUAAACUAAAAAAUUCUUACAUAAAACUGAUUAGGCGUGUCUUUUUUAUUUGGUGGCUACUUUAAUUUUUAUCCUCACACUUUUAACAUACAAUUAUAUUAUAAAGUUAAUUCACUAAAUAAAUAUAAUUAGUGUGGUUAUUGUGGAUUUUGUGGGUUAUCCGCGGUGGGUAGUGGAUAACCACUAACCACAAAAAUCGUUAUUUUACUACCCACACCCAACCCACUACCGGACUACCCACAACUUGUGGGUAUGGUUACCCACAAUAGGUGCGGGUUGGUGCGGUUUGCGGAUUAUCCACAACCUGCAACCCAAACUUCCACCCUAACUGUGAAUGCAUUCACUGUUGUUGACGACAGGCCGACAGCGGUGAUGUCCAAAUACGUGUAAAUUGAAAUUUUUUCAUUUUAGAAUUUUUUUAAAAAAACAUAUGUCUUCUGUAGAAAAAAUCCCACUUUUCACAAUCUUUUCCAUGUUCGCCCUCCAAACCAUCAAUUUCCGAGCAAGACGAAACGCCUCCUUUUGAUAAUGUGUUUGCACUUUGCAGUUUGCACUCUCACUGUGAUCUCGUGACCCGCCGGAAAAAUUAUCGUAAAACGACUCAACCGUGAAAUCUCCUCCUAGAUUCCGAUCCAACACUUGUCCGGACGUCCCAACAUUUCAUCCCAAAUAACAUCGCCCUACGGUAUAAUCCUUUUCUUCCCUAAUCUCUCGUCCUUCCUUGCUCUCUCCUUUCUGGAAAAAGUCUCUCCUUUUAAGCAACCCAUUACAAUCUGGGCAUUCAAAUGCUCAAAGUUCAAGACUUUUUCUGAAACCCAGCUCAUAAUCUUUCUCAAAAGUUCAAAAAUUUCAUUUCUGGUGGUGAUAUUCUCUAUUGCAUUUCUCUUUGUGUAGCGUGAAUCAAUUGAAGGUGAGAACAAUCAAAUUGAGGGCCGAUGGAUAUAAGCGAGAUACUUGGGGAGAGCUCGAAGCCAGGAAGCUUAGUACCGACCAAGAGCGCGAUUUAUGUUUGGGGUUACAACCAGAGUGGGCAGACGGGAAGGAAUGGUAAAGAGCGCCAAUUACGUAUCCCUAAGCAGUUGCCACCUGAGCUAUUCGGUUGCCCUGCUGGUAACAACGCCCGGUGGUUGGAUAUAGCUUGUGGCCGGGAGCACACCGCCGCCGUGGCUUCCGAUGGAUCGCUCUUCACAUGGGGGGCUAAUGAAUUUGGUCAAUUGGGGGAUGGCUCUGAAGAGGGGAGCAAGUACCCUAAGAGAGUAAAGCAAUUAGAGUCCGAGCUUGUGAAAUCUGUAGCUUGUGGAGCACAUUGCACUGCUGCUAUUGCAGAACCACGUGAGAAUGAUGGAACCAUCUCCAAAAGUAGGCUAUGGGUUUGGGGACAGAACCAGGGGUCGAAUUCUCCGCGUCUGUUUUGGGGUGCCUUCAAACCUAACAUGAUGAUCCAUCAGGUAUCCUGUGGUGCAGCUCAUGUGGUGGCCUUAUCAGAAGACGGAAUGCUACAAUCCUGGGGAUACAACGAAUAUGGCCAGCUUGGUCGUGGGGUUACUUGUGAAGGCCUGCAGGCUGCUCGUGUCAUCACUGCUUAUGCAAAGUUUCUUGAUGAUGCUCCAGAGCUCGUGAAGAUAACCCAAGUUUCAUGUGGGGAGUACCACUCAGCAGCCUUAUGUGAAAUGGGCGAGGUUUAUACUUGGGGGCUUGGAAGCAUGGGCCAACUUGGGCACACGUCCCUUCAAUCUGGGGACAAAGAGUUGCUACCGAGACGAGUGGUUGCCCUUGAUGGUGUUAUCAUGAAGCAUGUCGCCUGUGGAGGAGUGCAUACUUGUGCAGUUACUGAAAAGGGAGCUCUAUACGCUUGGGGUGGCAGUCAAGCUGGUCAACUAGGCUUGGGACCCCAAACUUCAUCAUUCUCAUUCAUUCCCAGUGACUCUGAAUCCUUCCUCCGAAACAUCCCUGCCGUGGUUGUUCCAAAUGGUGUUGAACAUGUAGCUUGUGGACAUUCUCAUACACUUGCUUCUUUGAACGAUGGAAGGAUACAGGGAUGGGGUUACAAUAGCUAUGGCCAGGCAUCGAAUGAGAAGUCGACAUAUGCUUGGUAUCCAUCGCCAGUUGAUUGGUGUGUAGGGGCAGUCCGGAAAUUAGCUGCUGGGGGUGGUCACUCAGCUGUGCUGACCGAUGCUUGUUCCUUGAAGGAACUCUGUGAGUUUAGACUUGCAGAUGAGGUUAAGUUAUCGAAUGCAUCACGGAUUGAAGAUGUUGCUUCCCGAACUGGGGCUGAUGCUUUAGCUCGUCUCUGUGGACGAUUGAGACAGCAUAUGGUUGACGUCGGAGAUCAAAACUACGAUGAUGAAGAUCAGUGAGCACUGAAACUCUCAUUUAGAAUUCGUCCUGAUUUUCUGUGAAUAGUCCUUCUCCUGUUCUGAAUUAAGGGUGUCGAUUGCGGCGUCAGCACCUGUAAGUAUUGUAGCUCUGUGAUUGUUGGAACAGGAAGCGUUCAACUAAUACGUUGAGUCGAACUUCCGAUUAUUGUGUCCUCACAAUAUGCUGCUGUUCCAUCUCGUAUGUAGCUGUAUGUACCAACACUUGGAUGCCUACAUAGUCAACCCAUUUGUUGUGAUUUAACUUCAAAUAUUGUAGUGACUGUAAGUCUGUAACAGAACUUUUAUGUAUGCGGGAACUAAGUAGUGUAAUCAAUGUACAAUCUUUCUGUGGUUCGGCACUUCGCGAAGUUGUUCUACUGGUGAUGAUCUUACUGAAUCAAUUGACACAUUGAUGAAUCUAACAACUAGUGGUUCGGCACUUCGCGAAGUUGCAUAUCUCUAUGUGACUCUUGUAUAAUGGACAGGUAAGAGCUUGUUGCACAUCAUCUUUGGAACCAAUUCUAUGCCUAGCUAAAAGCCAUGGAUUCUAGCAAGCGAGGAAACUUCAUUAUGGCCAACAGAAAGUGCACACCAUUUUAAAUUUAAGGACAAAAUGUAAUAUAUUAGUCAAAUUGGAUCUAUAAAAUAUCAGCCAGAUCUUUAAAAAUACAAAAUAUCAGUAAGAUCUUUCAUACCAUUUAGGGUUUAGGGUUAAUUUAUUUGCAAAAAAAUGUCAUUGUAUUGCAAAAGUUCUCAUAGUAUGGCAAAUAGCAUUAAUUCAUUUCUUGACCAAAUACAAUUUAUUUGUUAAAUUCUGAUUAACACUUUUGUUAGACGAUGUCGAGUAAGCAAGCGUGAUGCUGAGUUGGAGGAGUUUUUGUGACGUGACGGUUAAAAAGAAAUCACCAUGUCAAUCAACCUUGUGGUCACUUUUUUCUAUUAAUGUAAUUUUUGAAUAAAAAAUAAAUCAAGAAUAAAAGUGCUAUCCAUAGCAAAACCACACUGACAGAGCGACAAAAUCUUCUUCUCCAACCUAUUCAAAGUUCAUCGAGCCGGCGAAACCAGUCUCAAUCAAAAUUCCUUUGGACAGCAGACGACAUCUCGUCCAACUGCACUUCCGCCUCCAAGAUGGUACAACUCCUUGUCAAUGAUUAGUUUUCAUAGUUAGUAAAUCUUAACACACUCUUUCAUUAUAUCCAACUCGAUUGUGCAACUCAUGAUGAUAUUAACUUCUAUUCAUAUUGUUCUCAAGGUGUGAGCUUGCCUAGCAGCAGCACGCAACCCUCUGGGUCUGCAGGUUCUCUCCUUUGUUUCAGGUUGAUGUGGGUUGUUUGCCAUUUUUUGAGUGUUAUAUGUUCUUCGAUGUUACUGGUUUCAGUAGGUAAGACACUUUGAACUCACAUGUCCACUUCUUGUGGAUAGUGAAGGUACUCUUCCUGUUUUCUUCUUGUUAUUUUGUUUCUCCUUCAAUAAAGUUCAUCACCAUUAAAAAAAAACAUCAUUAAUUAUGUUAGUCAAGAAUGCAUCAUUAAUUAUGUUAGUCAAGAACUAACUAUAUAUAUAUAUAUCAAGUUAUUGCUAGGCUAGCUAGCCAAUUUCAGGCUUCCAGCUUACACAAACUUCGCUUUAAAUUGGUACUGGUAGUUUGAUGAGAGAUACCGAUUUUCGAAGGUCGUUAAUUAUUGGGAAGUUGAAGUCGCUCGAUCUGCAUAUGAAGAAGAAGAAAAAUCCCAUAAUUCAUACACAGAAAGAGAGAGGUGCAGUAUCUAGGGAAUUUCCAGAAUGUCCGAGACCAAGCAACAUCAGAACUUGUGCUGUAUGAUAAAAGAGAUAUACUUUUGUCAACGACGUACUAGAGUUAUUAAGAGAGAGAUCCAAGAAUGAAUCAUAUAGGGAUGGCUCCACAAUACAUCCUGCAUUUUCUGGCAUGUAAAAUGUCCCAACAAAAACCUUGAAAAUUA